CAUGGCGACCCUGCCUCCGCACUCCUCAAUAUAGCCUGCAGGGCUUACAUAGUAGUCCGUUCCUGCUUCCCCGUCCCGGGUGAAUGGGACGUUAAAUUGCUCCCGCCCUUGGAGGGGCAUUUUUUUGAGGUUUAUAUAGCAGAGUAGGAUCGCGCUGCUAAUUCUUCGUUGUCCCCCUCUCCACGGUCUUUGGCAAGCGAUCCGCCUCACCUCUCCUCGUCAUGUUGUUCUUCUCUUUGCUGGUUGCCGGCGCAUCGAUCGCCGCGGCCGCCUCAGGCUGUGGGGCGAAGAAGCCAUUCGAGAACUUGGUUGUUUUCGGAGACAGUUACAGCGACAACGGCCGCAUGAGCUACAUAGUCAACCACGAUGGGAAGAAUCCUCCGCCCGGGGUCUACCAAGACGUGUCCAACGUCACGGCCAGUGGUGGACUUACUUGGGGCCAUUUCAUUGUCCAGCACACGGGUGUCAACCUGGUUGACUACGCCAUAAGCGGCGCGACCUGCUCCAACGAAAUAAUCUCUCGCCAAUUUGACGCCAUCAAGAGGCCCUUUCCCUCGGUCAUGGAUGACGAGAUCCCAACCUUCAAGGAGGAUGUGGCAUUCGAGUCCCUGUACCCAAACCGCACGGCCGAGAACACGGUCUAUGCCCUGUGGAUCGGAACCAAUGACCUCGGCUUCGGCGCUUUCCUGACCGACUCCCAAGCUCCUGGCACAACAAUCACCGAUUUCGUUAACUGCAUCUGGGAUGUUUUCGACGCCGUCUACCAGACCGGCGGGCGGCGAUUUGUCCUGCUCAACGAGGCUCCUCUGGAACUCUCUCCCCUUUACGCUGCUCCGGAGGCAGGCGGAGCCUUGAACAACCAGUAUUGGACCAACAAGACGCUGUAUAACAUGACCGAGUACAGCUACAAAAUCAAGGAGUACACCACAAACGUCAACACCAUGUUUGAUUACGGCGCGCCGUUCCAGCUGUUGGUGAAGAGCCGCUGGCCAGGGGCAACCUUCAGCAUCUUCAAUGUCCAUCAGCUGCUGAAGGACAUCAGCGAAAACCCCAGCGACUAUCUGGACUCGCCAGCAAACUCGACCGGAUUCUACCACCACUGCAAGGCGACAGACAACUCGGACUGCGUCGAUCUGCCCGAGGUCAGCUCGUCUGCCUUCCUGUGGUUCGAUGAGCUGCACCCCUCGGAGAAAUCUAACUCGAUCAUCGCCGAGCACUUCCUUGACGUUGUUGACGGACAAUCGAAGUAUGGCACAUAUUAUGGAUCGCAAGGCAAGAAAUGAGUCGGAGCAAGGGCCCAGGACCAGAGUCAAUACGAUGCGGCCUUGUCAUUAAUAUAGCGGAGUACCUGACGAAACCCUUUACAUUGGGAAAGCCGGUGGUGAGAAGCGGUCCUCUGAUAGCGAAUUCAGACGUCCCGCUUCCUUGACCUGCUCGCGGAUACUUGUUGUC